AUGGACGAGGAAGAGUUGAAUUACGAUUAUCGGAGGUCAAUCGGGGAGAAUGUGGGCGAGGAGAUGGAUUUUUACGAGGAAAACUCGGAACCGGCAAGGCCUUUAAAAAAAUGCAUACGAAAAAAUUCGGCUGUGUGUUUUACGGACUACAAGGUUCCAGGAAAAUUGAAGAAGAUUUUUCAGACGAAGAUUAGGAGCGAGGAGGAGUGCUCCGAGGAGAGCUGUUCAUCAUCUAACGUAGAGAGUCAAAUUUUGUCUCUGCAUCCUGGUCCUCAAGAGGACAUCGAGAAAUGUGUAGCUUUUUGGGAAAAAAUUAUGCAGGAGAAUUUGGAGCCUAUAAAGUGCACAUUAAUCAAAGGUAAAAAACAAAGAGACAAGGAAAAAGAAGAGGCGAUUGAAAGAAAGGAGGUGUUAGAAUUAAGAGAAGCUGUUAAAAGCGUGAAGGAAACUGAAGAUAAACUAAAAAAUAUAUUUAUUAAGGCUGUAUCUGAAGUACAGAAGCAUAAGCUUGAUAAAUUAAAAGUUCAAGCCAAGAAAAAAUGCCCCCAAUGCAAAAUACUAUCAAGUUUAGACGUAGAGAGAGGAAAAUCUUGCGUAGAUUUUAAUCUGGGCGAUAUUACAGGUCUCAGUGAUUGGAUAUCACCCGCAAAAAGCAAAUUUCCAGAUAUUUUAAACGAUGAAAAACCCGUUAAUGCUGAACAAGAAAAAGAAUUUGCUGAAAGAAAAACACUAAAUGUUGACGACAUUGUCGCAGAGAAAGAAAAAGGAGGCGCCUACAGAAAGUGGAGGGAAACUGAUAGACCUACUUGCGAAUGCAACUAUCUGCCUGAUUGUAUUUGUAACACCUACAAGGUCAUUUCGAAAGAAAGUAUAUGUAUAGAUUCAGAGAAGGAAAAACAAGACGUUGAGGAGGAGGAUCAGAAGUCUGAGUUGGAAUUGGCUAAAGUCCAAGGUUUGGACUACGAAUAUUUUGAAACCAAGCACGAUGUUACUGGGGUCGUUGCAAAACAAGAAUCCUUGGCAGAAAAAAAAUCUGCAGCUGAAGUGGGAACUGAAGAUGCAGAACAUCUGCCAGAUUUUAUUUUGGACAAAGUUUUGGGAGUUGCAGAUUACGAUUUCGACGAGGAUCCAAAUUUGAUAGAGGCCGAGAAUAGAAGAAGAACUCGAGAUGAAGAAGUCGGAGAAUCUAGAAGAUCCAAAAAAGAACCGUCUGAUAAUCUCUUGUUCAAAUCCGAAAAAGAGCCAUCUGAUAACCUCUUGAGGGAAAUUAAAGAGGAAAAGCACAAAGAAACAGAUAGUUUAGCUUUUCAAGUUAAUGACAAUGACGGCGAUUUUUAUCAAAAUUAUGAAGAAAAGAAACUUUCAAAUCGUGAUGUUCCUCCAAAAAUAGAUGAUGAUAAUGAUUUAGCGGAAAAAGAAAUGUUUAUAGCCAGUAAUGACUUGGAUUCGGUCCAAAUACCUAUCGACGACACAGAAAAAGCUCCAGAUAUCCCACCUGAAAAAACCUUUCAACAAGACACGGCCAUUCUACUGGAAGAACAAUGCACUUGCUCGCCAAAACCGUGCAACUGCCCCAAAAGAUAUCUACAAAUAGAACACCCAAUAUUAUCAAACACCGACAUCCCUACAGCGCCCAACAUACAGACAGUAUCUAUAGCGGCUGCGGUAUCUUCGAUAGAGCUAUAUAGCCACCUUAAAAUAGUCGGGAUAGGAUCUUCGGGUAACAUAACAAAAGUGAUUAUAUCACGCACAGAAAUGAAUUAUUCCAGUGUUUUAAGUAGUCGUACUGUCAAAUCCUGUGUAAUAAAGAAGGCCAACAUUCUCAAAGCCUGUCGGUUUUGUUCCUCAAAAGACGACAAAAUCAAGUCGUCGCCUUUGAAAAAGCUUCUCGACGAUUCUGCGACGUUUCAAGAUUUAAAUCAGCCAAAUCCAGAGCAGCAAUGGGUUACGCUGCCUUAUCCAAGGGGUACACGAAUAAGGAAACAGGGGGAGUAUUUUUUCAAGCCAAAGCAUGACCCCAGAGACACUUCUAUCAUUAUAUUUCCUGGUCAAGGAAGUCAGUUUGUUGGAAUGGCUAAAGGUUUAAUGAAAUUUCCAAUGGCAAAAGAUUUGUUCGAAUUGGCAAAUUAUAUCUUAGGGUACGAUUUAUUGAAACUGUGCCUGGAAGGGCCAAAAGACAAACUAGACCAAACCAAGUAUUGCCAACCUGCUGUGAUGGUUACAUCGCUGGCAGCUAUAGAAAGACUUAAGGAAGAACGUCCGCAAGCUAUAGAAAAUUGCGUGGGGACCGCAGGGUUCAGCUUGGGCGAAAUAACGUCGUUAGUUUUCGCUGGGGCUCUGAAUUUUGAAAGGGCUUUGAAGCUGGUGCAGAUUAGAGGCGAAGCCAUGCAGAUUGCCAGCGAGAUGAACCAAGGUCAUAUGGUGACUGUGUUUUACGCCCCGGAUAGUAAAGUGAAUUUCGCAUGUCUCAGAGCCAAAGAGUGGGCCAAAGAUAAAGGCGAUGAGGUCCCUGAAUGCAGAAUUGCGAACUACUUAUUCCCCCAUUGCAAAGUUAUUUCGGGUAGUGUGAACGCUAUAGAUUAUCUCGAGAAGAACUACAAGGAAUUCAACUUGAAGAAGGUUAAGAGAUUGCCUGUGUCGGGUGCGUUUCAUUCGGAGUUGAUGCGCCCCGCAGUGGAGCCUUUCCAGAAAGCCCUGAAAAAAUCCGAAAUCCAGGAUCCUGUGAUAAACGUCUAUUCGAAUGUGGACGGUAAAACGUACAAGGACGCAAACCACAUAAGACACCAGCUGCCCAAGCAAAUAGUCAAACCAGUUAAGUGGGAGCAAUUAUUGCACACGAUUUACGAGAGAAGGCCCGACGACUUUUUUCCCAGAACCUUCGAAUGCGGACCUGGAACCUCAUUGAAGGCCAUUUUGAAACAAGUCAAUCAGAAGGCUUGGAACACUUGUUUUAGGGAACUUACGGACAAAGAGAAGGCCAAUUUAAAGCUUGACCAUCGUAACACGUCAUUCUACAACCCCAUAACCAAUGAAAGAAUUUUCAUCGAAAAACAAGUAUUUGACAACCAUGAUAUGCCCGGAUUACCCAACAACAUAUCUGCAAAAGGCUCCCUUUUAACACACACGCCCUCUACGCAUCUAAUAAAGUAUCAAUUUUUAAGAACCAUUCCAUCACAAACCAGUUUACAGAAAGAAAACGACCCCAACGAUGUUUUGGCAGAUUUUGUUAACCCCAAAGAGAAAGUUUCUGAUAUGAAGUACAACACAGAAAACAAUAGCGAAGCGAAAUUGACUGUUGCGAAUGUUGAAACAUUCAAAUCGAAUAUGAUGCCGGAUAAACUACCGCAUAGUUUAAAGAAAAUAAUCCAAAAGCAAGACCCUCCAUUGGAUAAAAAGUUUCCCAAACAUGACAAUUUAAGGGACACAAAAAUAGUGUACAGAUCCGAAGUUGACAUAAAAAAACAAUCAUCAGAGUUCAUUCUGAAAAACCCCAAAGUAACUUUCGAUGAAGCGGGCGCCAAAAAGUGCAUUUGCGGAUACGUCGACUGUACGUGUUUUAAGAAAAGAGAAAUUCCACCACCACCAGCCGUCAAAUCUGUGAUAAGACAGGUGGAAAAGCCGGCCGAAGAGCCGAAAAAAAUUGUAUGUUUUUGCGGACAUGUCGACUGCAAGUGCACCCGGUCAGAAGAGCUCUUGAAAAAACAACUGAAGUCGGGAAAAAUUAGCACGUUCGAGAGCUACGAAAAGAACCUUGCGCAAGCGCAAAGAAAGCAGUCCGUUAAGUCUGAAAAAUCCGUUUACAGUCAGAGUGAAACCAAGUUGGAAAGGGUCAUUUCGAACCAAGAAAAGGGCUCUCAAUCUUACGAAAUAAGUAUCGAAAGAAGCGACCCACUUUACGAUGAACUUGACCAAAAAAGUCAUACACCUAAAAUAGCCUCGGGGCUUUUCACGAACCUCGGGAUUGUUUCAAGCAAAUAUAGUCAUGUGAAGCAAGAGGAAGAAAAACAGCAAAUGGCAAAAAUUAUUGCUGAAAGGGCGAAAAAAAAUUUGGAUUCUUUUAGAGUUGGCGUCAAAACCAAUAAAACUAUAAAAAUGGAAAUGGGUAAAAAAACAGCCAAGUCACUUUUGGCGCAAAAAACUACCCCGUUAAGAGCAACAAACACGCAGAUAUCAAAAUCCAAAACAAACAGUUUUUACUCAGAUUUUUACAAAAAGCACGAUUUUGAUGAAGAAGUUUUAAAGAAGAAGCAAUUUAAAAAGCCUGAGAGCAGUUUGAGCAGUGCCACGACUAUUUUAACUUUAUCAGAGUAA